AUGCCCAACACCAAGACCGUAGACGUUCCUCACCUGGGCGGCAUUGAUGCCGCCUACCAGAUGCCUCAUCCAUACGACCCCGCGAAGCCCACGCUCGUGCUGGUCAAUUCAUUCACCACCUCGUCUGAGUUGUACAGCAAGCAGUAUGCCAACAAAAAGCUCACGGAUAAUAUGAACCUGAUUGCCAUCGAGCUUCUGGGUCACGGCCAGACGCGCACCAAGCGCGAACACUGGACAUACUGGGAUACGGCGGAGAUGAAUCUCCAGGUCCUGGAUGCUCUGGAUAUUGAGAAGGCUUUUGUGCUGGGGACGAGUCAGGGCGGUUGGAUUACGGUUCGGAUGGCAUUGAUGCGGCCGGACAAGAUUAUCGGUAUUAUCCCACUAGGCACGUCUAUGGAAUAUGAAUCCGAACCAACCCGCCAACUUGGCUGCUGGGAUGCUCCCAAUCUCCUCGCCCCAACUAUCGAUGCUUUCACAUCGAAUGAACCAACACCGGAUUUCGAGCCGCCUCUCGCCUACUGUGACAUGCUAGUUAACACUGGCUUUGGCGAAGAUUGUCCGACGGAGACGCGCGAGUACUGGCGCAAGACCAUCCGUGAGAACUAUCACGGUGAUGACGGCCGACGCCGGAUUCGCAUGUCGGCAAUUAAUUUGAGGGAUCGGGAUGGGCUGCACUCGAGGUUGUUUGAUGUUAGGUGUCCAGUAUUGUGGUUGCACGGAACGAAAGACGUAGUCUAUUCGCUUGCCAAUGCGCAAAGGGAAAUUGGACUAUUUGUGAAUUCCCCUGAUGCGAAACUCGUGCCGGUUGAGGGUGGUGCUCACUUCCUGAGCGCCUCGAAUCCCAAGAAGGUUGAUGCGGAGAUCUUGAAGUUUGUGACCAAGUACAGCCAGUAA